AGGGAGCUAUUUGACAUUCAGCCACACCAGCGAAUAGAAACCGGACAGGUUCUUGUACAAACGGAAGUAAGCAGGAAAAUGCAGAUCAAUCAGGGAUAGUGUUCGAGUCUGAUGGAGAUAAAGGAGGCUGUUUUUGGUUAAGCCAUGCUGCAGUUUUCCUGAUAAACCUACUAUUAGAAUCAGAAACAUGGAGAUGGUUGUAGCUAAAAUCCUGUGCCUUUUGGGCAUGUUUGUCCUGAUGCUGGGGGGAAUUCUCAUCCCUGUGAGAGUGAUGCAGUCGGACCUGGACAAGGCUGUGCGCUACAGGAGGGCAGUUUCCUUCAGCAACUCUUUUGGAGGUGGUGUGUUUCUGGCCACCUGCUUUAAUGCCCUUCUGCCUGCUGUCAGAGACAAGAUGGAUCAGAUUCUAAAACUGAUGAAUAUCAGCACCGACUACCCCCUGGCCGAGACCGUGAUGAUGCUCGGCUUUUUCCUUACCGUGUUCGUCGAGCAGGCUGUGCUGACUUUCAGGAAGGAGAAGCCGUCCUUCAUCGACCUUGAGACGUUUAACGCCGGCGGCUCGGAGGCAGGCAGCGACUCGGAGUAUGACACGCCGUUCAUUGCUCCAGCACGGAGCUCGCAUCGUCACUCUCAUCACCACUCUCAUCACCACAGCCAUUUCAACCCAGCAGAACUAACACGAGCAGGACCGCUGCGGCUUGCAAGCCUCGUCCUCGCCCUCUCUGCUCACUCGGUCUUCGAAGGCCUUGCCCUUGGGCUUCAGGAAGAUGGAGCUAAAUUAGGAAGCCUUUUUCUCGGGGUGGCUAUCCACGAGACCCUCGCAGCCAUAGCUUUAGGGGUUAGUGUGACUAAAGCAGGACUACAGCUUCAGGAUGCCAGCAAGCUAGCCAUUACAGUCAGCCUCAUGAUCCCCAUAGGCAUUGGUCUAGGAAUGGGUAUCGAGAGCGCCCAGAACCUGGCAGGAAGUAUUAUUUCUGUGGUGCUCCAAGGCCUGGCAGCAGGCACAUUUCUUUUUAUUACUUUCUUUGAAAUUCUUUCCCGAGAGCUGGAGGACAAACACGACCGGUUGCUGAAAGUGCUUUUCCUCGUCUUAGGGUAUGGUGUACUGGCAGGUCUAGUCUUUAUCAAGUGGUGAUAGAUCUCAGCGAAUAAUCCUAGUGAAUGAUCAGUAACUCGACUGACUACCAUAACCACAGGGCCAGAUUUUCCUGACUUUGUCUCUGACUUGUUUCUAUGCCCAUGAAGUCGUAUACUGGCUAUACAGAUCCAGUUGCAUAUUAGAUGCAGAAAAGCAUUUUCAUUACAGUGAAAUGAUUUAUUACUGUCAGCAUUGUUGGACCGGUGCUACUGCAGAUCAUAAACGUUUAGAUCUUACUGAUUUAUUCGAUGCUGGACGACUUUGUGAUAAAUAUUCGACACAUACUUCUUGUUUUUGUACUUGAUUUAAAAUGUAGCUUUGGAGAGACUUAUUCUCUGUGCAUCCUGGGUGUUGAGCUCUACAUAUAACCUUACAGGCUACAGCAGGGAUCUUAAAGGUUUUGCAGCCAGGGACGUGUUUAACUUAAAUCUGUCUUGACAGGACCAAUGACGUUUCUGAAUAGAUCCACUGUUCGAGUAUUAGGCUAUUUGUUUAAAAUUGGUGAAACAUUUGACUUCAUAUUUAAAAUUCUGGAAUAAAUUUGUAGCAUUUAUUCGAACCAUAAAGGAUUUUAUUCCUUACAGUUCAUUAAACAAAUCACGUUAGGUCUAAGUUGAUAUGUUGUAUAUAUCUGCUUGAUUAUACUCAUUCAAACAGUCAUCUGUCGUAUUUGACUAUACGAUAACAUGAGUAAUAUAUACCGUAAGAAACAAAUAAUACAUUUAACAACUGUGAUAAUGAAUUUUUGGAUUUGCGCCAUUGACAUUCACCCUUAAAGACUAGACACAAUGCUAUAGAAAAAAAACCCCACACUGCUGCACAAGUUACCUGCUAUUUUUAUAUUUGAUUUGUUUGUACAUCUUUGUGGUUGUGGUCUUAUAUUUAUAAAUGAAACUGUUUCGGUUUGAGGUCGUGUCCAUCGACCUGCAGAUUAUUUGUGUAUUUAAGUUAAUAUUAGAAGUGAUUUUAUUUCUGCUCCUGUUUUCAUUUCACUUGAUAAAUGCAAUAUUUUCUUGUACCUUCACAAAAAACGGUUUAUUAGAUGAUGAGCCUUUCUAAAGGGAAAUGUUCUGUUGUAUUUUUUUUUACUGAAUUAUUUAAGGGUUUUAAAUCAAACCUCUCUAAAAAUAUUAUUUCAUAUAAGGCUUGUAAAUGUGAAUGGCUGUAACAAAACUAUUGAACAUUUCUGUUUAUUUCAACUGAACUGUCAGGAACAACUUAAAAUACUCUACUGACUCUGCUGUCUCCUCUAGGACCAAUCCAAUGAUGAUUCCAUAAUAAUAUAACAAUAACCAAUGUAAAGUUACAAAUGAGGAUUCGGGUCUAGAAAAGAUAAAUUAAAUCUUAAAGUUGAAGCAUUUAAAAAAACCAUCAUGGCCCUUUCAUGAAAUAUAAUACACUAGCUAAGAGCUUCUCAGUCGCUUUCAUUUUUAAUGUUUUUAUGCAUCCCAGAAUCAGGUUUGACAAGUGUGUUGACAUAUACACACACACACAAGGAAUUUGGUUCCAUCUCAUCAGUGUUGUUACCUCUGAGAGCUGAGAGUCCCACUAAGCUAACCUAGAGUCCUGUAUGUUGUUCACUGAAAUCAUUCAAACUGCUUUUUCUGUAAUCAAAUAAUUUUGGGCCUGAAAACAGUUUUGUGUACAGCUCGAUAGGUGGUGCAGUUGUAGCAGUUCUGCUGCUGCCUCUAGUGGCUUCACUUCUGUACUACAUUUUAGGCAGGUAUAUACUGUAACAGGUCAUUUGUUGGCCAUUUUGCCAUUUGUCCAAACUUUUGAUUGUACAUUGUUCCUGAUAGUCUGCAGGUGGUCCAGGGUCAGGCUCCGGUUCAUUUCCUGGGCAGGGAGCCACUGAAGAGUUAAAUCUCAGUGCUGGAUAAAAAUGGGAAGGUUACGUCAGGAAGGACAUCCGGUGUAAAACCUGUGCCAACUCUAAUAUGCGGACCAUGCGAUCUGCUGUUUCCGACCCAGAACAGGGAGCAGCCAAAAGAAGGAAAAUAAAAAAGGACGUUUCAGCAGCAUAACAAACGAAGUGUUAUUAACAUUAUGAACUCUCAAAAAGCCCGAAGUUGCUUCAUGUAGCUAAAGCACAUGGCUGGAAUGCUGGUGGUAGGUUUGUCACUGGAAAUUAAAUGUAUGUACGUAAGUCUAUUUCUAAGAUGUCUACUUUACAAGACACUUGAUCAUAAUUCAACUAUUUUCUACACUUCAUCUAAUGAUCUGUUUGAAUUCCUGUAUGUUUUUGUUGUCGUAAUAAAACAUAUUUGAUGAUGA